AUGAAUCCAACCCGCAUGCUAGUCCGGACCUUGAGGGGUCGCCACCUGGCCCUUUCAAGCCCGCAGCGCCUCAUUUCCUCUUCCGCCUCGCGUUUCACCGACAGAGCACAUUCGACCGCAGAGGAGCACCGAAAAUAUCAGAAAGAAAAGGCAGAUAAUCCCCAUUUGACCGGAACCAACCCUGCUGUGAAUAAUGACAUGCCAACGGUGGGCGAACACAAUCCUCCACCGGACCUGAUCAGCUCAGUCGAUCCGAAUUACGUGCCCAAAGAUCGAGUACCUGAGAAUACAGAAAGGAUGACGGGAGGAACGCAGCCAGGAGACCCUAGUAAAGUAAGCGCGUCAGACUUUGGCGUUGGUGAAUUGGAGGGUAUCUCAUUUCGGGUCGAACCUCUACGUCGAACGGGGGAAGACCUCGCAACCAUGAGAGCGAGGCUAUUAUACCAAAGCAGGAAGCGGGGAACAUUAGAAUCUGAUCUCCUACUCUCCACAUUCGCAGCCGAGAAUCUUCCCUCCAUGAGCAAGUCGCAGCUCGAGCAAUACGAUCAAUUCCUUGACGAGAACGACUGGGACAUCUACUACUGGGCGACCCAAUCACCCGCAAAUACUCCGACGUCGCUUGAGUCCGCAGAGGGUGCAAAGAAUGAUAUGAAGAGCAACACGACUCAGCCCGCUGCGCCUCCAAAUCCUGCCAAAGCUCAAGAGAAGGAUGCUUGGAGACAAGGAGCCCCCAGAAGUGGAGAGUGGGCUCAGACCGUUGGCACAUUCAAACCCGCUUACAGACCAGUACCGCAACGGUGGAAGGACAGCGAGAUUUUGGCCAUGCUUAGAAAACAUGUGAGAGAAAGAAGUGCUGGUGGCGUGUUGGAAGAUGUACAGGCUGCUCCGGGGAGCAAAGGAAGUGGCCUGGGCCGAAUGCCUGACGUUCAGACGUUCGAUUGA